UUGCCACAGUGUAGGGGGAGGCUGUGGAAGUCCUUCGACGCCAAGGCAUGGCCGAGAUCAAGGAGCAGAGCACUUUGCGAGCCAACCUGCAGCCGGUAGGGGUUGGAGGGCAUCCUGCUCGCCUACCCGCAGCCCUUCGACGUCUCGAGCGCGACGAGUCCUGCACGAAACGAGGGCUAGCUGCUAGCUGUUCUCCAAGGCGCUUCCCGGCAGGACCUACGCCCUUGCAUUGCGAGAAGAUGGCCAAUGGGGCGCCGAAGAUGAAGCAGCGCCGUCGCUUUCUGCGCCAACGCCCCGGGCAGCCAGGGGAUCCCCCUGCUCAAGGUGCCCCUGCUGGUGAUCUCGAACUCAGAUCAGAUGUUUUACCAUGUCGCACCAGGGUCAGCGUCUUAGGCACGGGUUAAGUGCCAUCAUCACUACCAUCCUGCAGGCGCGUUCGUCAUUCCAAAGGAAGCUCGCCGUUUAUCUGUUUAUCGCUACCAACAUCCAGACACCCGCUGUAAAAAGUUAUUCUGUGGAGCAAGGAGGGGUCAUCAAGGUGACCUGUGGGUCGAAUGCGCGCACCGCCGUGUCCGAGAGCCAGUUCCAGGAGCGGCGAGUGAGCAGCGGCCUCCACCUUCUUCUGGACAACGCUUCCUCCCCUUCACGAACGAGGACUUCACCGGGACGGGCCGCCUUCUCAUCAAUGCGCUGCCGUGCGGCAGCGCCGCCAGACAGUUCAGCCUAUUUACCUGAUCAAGGGGUCAUCGAGGUGAACGGCCUCACGGACCUCAAAUGUUGAUCGCCAGGGAUACCCAGAAAUCCUUCAAGACCAUCGACAUGAAGAAUGCAAGCCAGGUGGUGGCCCGCGCCUGGGAGGAGACUGCACGGAGCAUCUAGCACGCGCGCGUUCUUCCAAGUCCAGAAGGAACGGCAGGGUUGUUAACGUUUAUUUUUAGUAAAUUGCGCACAUGCAUUUUUUCAA